AUGAAGAACGGCAGUUUACAAGACAUUUUACAGCAAGUCAAAGAAGGUAGCCGGGAACUCGAUUGGCUCGCGAGACACAGGGUGGCGCUCGGAGUAGCUGCCGGACUGGAGUAUCUUCACAUGAGUCACACUCCUCGUAUAGUUCACAGAGAUUUAAAACCAGCCAAUGUCCUUCUUGACGAUGACAUGGAAGCUCGGAUAGCAGAUUUUGGGCUUGCGAAAUCAAUCCCAGAUGCCGAUACACACAUGACGAGCUCAAAUGUCGCCGGAACUUUAGGAUACAUCGCGCCGGAGUAUCACCAGACUAUGAAAUUUACCGAUAAAUGUGAUAUCUACAGUUUUGGGAUAUUGUUGGCAGUUCUGGUGAUGGGGAAGCUUCCUUCGGAUGAGUUUUUUCAGCGGACAUCUGAGAUGAGUUUGGUGAAAUGGAUGAGAAAUGUGAUUACAUCUGAGGACCCAAAACAAGCGAUUGAUUCGAAGCUUUUGGGGAAUGGUUAUGAGGAACAGAUGCUUCUUGUUCUUAAGAUUGCUUGCUUCUGUACCAUGGAUAAUCCGAAAGAAAGGCCCAACAGUAAGGAUGCUAGGUUGAUGUUGGCUCAGAUUAAUCAUUAA